AUGUCGUCAUCAUCUUCAACUUCGAGGAUCAUCUCUGCGGAGCCCCUGCCCGAGAAUGAGGCGCGAUGGACCAAACUCAUGAAAAUCACGUACAAGGACCCGGACGGUCAGACGCGAACAUGGGAGUCCGCCGAGCGCCGCACCCGGCCCAAGGGCAGCGACAUUGACGGCGUGGGCAUCAUCGCCAUCUUGGAGAAGUCGACGGGCCCCGAGAUCAUCCUGCAGAAGCAGUACCGCCCGCCCACCGACAAGGUCAGCAUCGAGGUCCCCGCCGGCCUCGUCGACGCCGGCGAGACGGCCGAGGAGGCCGCCGUCCGCGAGCUGAGGGAGGAGACGGGCUACGUCGGCAACGUGACCGAGUCGUCGCCCAUCAUGUUCAACGGUCAGCACUCGCACUCUCUCUUCCUCCACCCCGGCUUCUGCAACACCAACACGCGCAUGGUCCAUGUCACCAUCGACAUGAGCCUGCCCGAGAACCAGGACCCAGAGCCCCAGCUCGAGGACAACGAGUUCAUCGAGGUCUUCCACGUGCCCCUCGCCACCAUGUGGGACGAGUGCAAGAAGUUGGAGGCCGAGGGAUAUGCCAUCGACGCCCGCGUAGGCACCUUGGCCGAAGGCCUAGAGAUCGCCAAGCGGUUCAAGGUCGUGUAG